AAAUGAAACGGAUCACUGACAAUUUCAAGAAAUAUAAGAAGGAAGUCCAGAAGAAUUUUAAAUUCUGAACGAAGAAGGAACAGAAGCUGAGCAAGAACGAAAAAAAGCAGAAACGAAUCAACGAGGUAGCAGAUACCUCUGCUAUUGAUUUCUUUGAUGAUUUUGAUGAUGGACUCCCUGAGAAACCUCAGAUAAAGCCUCAGGCAAAGCUUCCACCAAAGCAAAAGCCGAAGAGAAAAUAUCAAAGGAAGAAGGUACAGGAAGAUGAAGAUUUUCAAAUUCAAGAGCCAGCACCAAGAAAGCGUCGCAGAAAGAAGCAACCUGUUAGAUAUAAUGAUGACCAGGAAGCCCCUCUUGAGCAGGACGAUGCUUUUGACGUAACUCUUGAGGAUCUGGAUGGCCUUAGUGACGAAAACUACGAUAUCAACUUUAAGUCAGGUAAAUAUGACAGAGAAAAAGCUAAGUUAAGAAAGAUGAUUGAGAUAGAUCCUGAUGAAGAAGAACCUCCAAAGAAAGGCCGCAAGAAGGCAUCUAAAGGCAAAAAGAGGAGAAGGAGAAAGAACCAAGAUCCUGAAGUCUCCAUAGAACUCUAUGACGAGAACUUGAUCUCUAUUAAGUUCAUUGGAUUUUUUAAUGAAAAUUUGAAGAAUCUGAUUAAGAACAGGAAGCAUACCUGCUUUGAUAAUGAACGCAAGUGUUGGGUCACAACAAUCAAAGCUUAUCGAGACGUCAUUGAUGACAUGAAGCAGUAUAUCGUGAAGGAGAAUGCCAAAUUCCAAGAGAUCCCAGAAUUCGCAAUUGAGCUAAUGAAGGGAAAGCAUCCAUUUUACAGUGAAAAUGAUGCAAUAGAGGUCGUGUAUGACUAUUCACAGGAUUUUAAGAAAAAUCUCACAUUUGACUCCUUACCAGCAUUCAUGAGGGAGACUUUGUAUGACUUCCAAAAGGAAGGGGUCAAAUUUGGCCUUUCCAAGCAUGGUCGAUUUCUGCUAGGUGAUGAGAUGGGAGUUGGCAAGACAAUCCAAGCUAUUGCUAUUAGUUUCAUCUAUAAAGACGAAUGGCCUCUGCUUAUAAUCUGACCUUCCACAAUUAAAUAUCUAUGGAGAGACGAGAUCUUAAGGUGGCUCCCAGGAUUGGAUAGGUCUGAAAUCCAGGUUAUGAGGAAAGGAAACGAUCAGUUUAACCCAUAUUCAGCUAUUUUUAUCAUGACUUAUGAACUUGCAGUCAAAUUUUCAUCUGAAAUCAACCAUUUAGGGUUCAAAGUGGCCAUUGUGGACGAGGCUCAUUAUCUGAAGAAUUAUAGUGCGAAGCGGUCAAAAACAUUAAUCCCAAUUCUAGCAAAUAUGAGGAGAGUUCUGCUCCUGUCAGGUACACCAAUUUUGGCAAAACCAGUGGAGCUAUUUAACUUAUUAAAAAUCCUGAGGCCAGAUAUCUUCUUCAACUUCAUGGAUUACGCUAAUCGAUAUUGUCGACCAAAGGAGACUAGCUAUGGCCUCGAUUGCUCUGGAAAUGACCAUGUAAAGGAGCUUCAUUGUCUCUUAGAGAAGCAGAUUAUGAUCCGGCGACUCAAGUCUGAUGUCCUGUCCCAGUUACCUCCGAAGAGACGCCAGAAGAUUGAGGUUACCACUGACGAGAAGAUCGUAAACAAGAUAAGAGCUAUCAUCUGCAGACAAGCCAAAAGCCGUGGCAAAGAGAAACAAACCAUUGAGGAACGGUUCAUUGAAAUGCUUGCUCGAGAAGAAGGAUCGCUUAAGGACUUUCACAGUGACUCGGGUGGGUUCAAGCUUGAUGAAGAAGAGAAAUGCUUCCUUAAGGCUUACCACCUAAGCGGAACUGCUAAAAUAGUAGGAAUCUUGGAGUUUGUAGAAACCAUGAUUGAGAAUGAUGCCAAAUUCUUGAUAUUUGCUCAACAUCUUGAGAUACUUAACAAAGUCGAGACUCUUGUUAAUAAGAAAUAAAGUGGACUAUAUACGAAUCGAUGGAAAUGUUAAUACAGAAUUGAGACACCAGUCAGUGAGGCACUUCCAGGAAGACCCUAAUUGUCUCGUAGCCAUCCUAUCAAUUACUGCAAGCAGCUUAGGAAUUACUAUGACUGCUGCAACCAAUGUGAUUUUCGCUGAAGUACAUUGGACGCCUGCUCAUCUCCUCCAGGCAGAGGAUAGAGUCCAUAGGAUUGGGCAGGAAAAUUCUGUGAAUAUAUACUAUCUGUUCGGCAAAGAUACAAUGGAUGAGAUAAUCUUCCCAGUUCUGAGACAAAAGUCUCAUGUAAUCUCUGAAACCCUUGAUGCAAGGAGGACUGACUACAACCUCAAUAUUAAGGCCAAGCAAGGCCUCAAUUCUGAAGAGAAGGAGAAUCUUGAACGAGAAGCUCUAGUCCGAAAACGAGAUUAUGAAAAAAAAUGCAGAAGGAAAAUAGCAAGGAACUCUCAGCUUAUUCUGGCAGGAUCGGGAAGGCAAAGUAUCCGAUUAUACGUACAAAUCUUCCGAAAAUUCCCAAUGAAGAGCCUGAAUCAGCUUCUGAAGAAGUCUCUGAUUACUCAUCUUAUAUCGCUCCUGAAGAUAAAUCGCUUAAAAACGAAACUGAGAAGCCAAUGGAGGAAUCAAAUUUGGCUGUAGAGGAACAACCGAAGGAGACAUCUGGAGAUUUUGAGAUCAGUGACACGGAUCUGCUAGAUUUAGUCAACGAAGCCCAGAAAGAGCAAAAUAAGGAGAUCAUUCUACCACCAAAACCGCAGGAUCUUCAACCUGAGCCCGCCCAAGACUCUGAAAGUGAAGAAGAAACUGAAGUGAAAGAGCAGAAAUCUGAAGUUGAUUUGUUCCUUGAGGAGUUGAGAAAAGGCCAAGAGCUUGAUAACAUUGCAUCAAAGGCUGCUUCAGAUGCUUUGAGUAACAACUUGUUUAGCCAAACUGGUCCAAUGAUGAUGCAAGGGAAGACGAUACACCCUAGUAAUGCAAAUAAGACAUUUUCGAUGGAUAUCAAUCCUUAUAAUCAGCAAUCUAGCAACAUUGGUAACAAAGUUGAGGAUCUAAACAAAGAUAUUGCAGUUUCUGAGUUACAUCAGGCGUUCCUCAGACAUCAAACUAAUCCAGGGAGGAGCAACAAGAGAAAGUUGAGGAAUCUGGAGGACUCUCUUCGAGAGAAAUCCAGUGCUGAAAACUCACACAAUAAAGAGAUUGGUGUCUUUAAGAAAGCACUUGAGAAUAACCCAAAGGAUGUUAAUAAAACAACAGAGGAAGAUGAUUCUUUCAUCAUAGAUGAAGCAGAUCUUGAGGAAUGUCUUGAUAGUGAGAUGAAGGGUCUUACAGAAUUUGAGAUCAAUGAGACUGACCUCAAGGAUCUCUAAAGGAGCCAAACCUUCUAAUUUAUUUCAACAAUUUUCCUUUGCACU